UCAAACUACCAAACCAAAACAAACUAAAAUUGAAACGAUUAUGUGAAGAUCUCGCAACUUAAUUCCUUAAUUUAUUGCUCCGUUUGCUUGCCCUCGCGCGUUAAUUCAGUGUGAACAAAUCUUUCCGUACUCUCUACGUUCAAAGACGCACCCAAAACCCCGGAAGUGUCCAAUCAACGCGCACGCUCGUUCAAAUUUAGCCAAGAAGCUCAUCGUCAGCAGAAAUUCGAUCACCUCCGCGCGCGCACGUCUUGGAACCGAUGCCCUGACUCUGGCCACGUCCGCCACGCUGUCCCAAAUGACCGCUGCUGCUGCUGUGUCUUCGCCGAGCCGCCUCCGGAGAUGCUGCAAAUGCUGGCCCUGCGAUGGUUCCGUCGGUACAAGGUGUUCUUCCUGAUCGGAUUUCUGAUCGUGGCGGCGCAGAUCUUUCUCGCGUACAAGCUGCUGAAGAUUCCGGUAUCGGGGAGUGGGAGUACGGAGGAGCGGGACCUGAGCAAGCGGCUGUACGAGAAGUAUGUUAGGAAGGUCGCGGGUGGGUCGAAUCUUUCGGCGGACGAUGAGGAUCCGGGGCAGCAGCAGGUUCAGCAGCGGAUUCCGGCUGGGCGGGAACCGAAGAAGGUGGAGAGUGGCGGUCGGACGUUCCUGAACGUGGCAGAGUUGGAGUUUGUGGUGCCGUGCGAUAUUCACAGCAAGGAGACGAUUUCGGCGAUUCACCGGGCGAAGAGUCAGGAGUGCAAGAGGCAGAUUGUGGACAUUGCCUGUGCGAUCCAGUCGGGACGGUUCUAUCCGAAGUCGUUGCCGAAUUACUGUCCGAGCGGGGACUACGUGCCGAGCAGGUCGCUAGGGUGCUUUCAGGACGAGAAAAACUUUCGGAUUUUGUCCGGUUAUUAUACGAACUUUAAGACGACUAAUUCGCCGAAGCGAUGCAUUCAGCUUUGUUUGCAAUCCGGAUUUCUGUACGGUGGAGUGCAGUACUCCAGCGAAUGCUUCUGUGGGGACGAACCGCCCAAAGCGUCCGCGAAACUGCCAGAUUCGAGUUGCAACAUGAAGUGUUCCGGGGAUCCGAAGGAGGCCUGCGGCGGGUAUUUCACGGCCAACGUUUAUGAAACGGGAAUUGCUAAAUUCAGCGCCCAAACGACGGAGAUUACGACGAAGGCAGGCGUAGAACCGGUUCGGAUUGUUUUUUUGCUGACGUUGAAUGGUCGGGCGCUGCGGCAGGUCCACCGGCUGCUGAGGACACUUUACAGCCCCAAACAUUACUACUUUAUUCAUAUCGAUUCGCGCCAACACUACCUCUACCGGGAGCUGCUCAAGCUGGAGCAGCACUUUCCAAACAUCCGUCUGUCGCGCACCCGCUGGUCCACGAUCUGGGGCGGCGCGUCCCUCCUGCAGAUGCUGCUGUCCUGCAUGGAACACCUGCUGCGCGAAGUUCCCGAGUGGGACUGGGACUUUGUGCUGAAUCUGAGCGAAAGUGACUUCCCCGUCAAAACGCUGGACAAGCUGGUGCGCUUCCUGAGCGCGAAUCGGGGCAAGAAUUUCGUGCGCAGUCACGGCCGGGAGGUUCAGCGGUUCAUCCAGAAGCAGGGGUUGGAUCGGACUUUUGUGGAGUGCGAUAAUCACAUGUGGCGGAUUGGGGAUCGCGUACUGCCGGCUGGGGUACAGAUUGACGGGGGGAGUGACUGGAUAUGUUUGUCGCGGGACUUUGCGCGGUACGUGACUACGGGGGACGAUUUGAUCCGGGGGUUGUUGGUGAUAUUUAGGCAGACGAUUUUGCCGGCGGAGUCGUUCUUUCACACCGUGCUGAGGAAUUCCGAGUUUUGCAACAGCUACGUGGACAACAAUCUGCACGUGACCAACUGGAAGCGAAGGUUGGGCUGCAAGUGCCAGUACAAGCAGAUCGUCGACUGGUGCGGAUGCAGUCCGAAUGACUUCAAGCCGGACGACUGGGCGAAGCUGCAGGGCACCGAGUCGAAGCAGUUUUACUUUGCCCGCAAGUUCGAACCGAUCAUCAACCAGGAGGUGAUCCUUCAGCUGGAAGAGUGGGUCCACGGACCGUAUUCGGCGGACUACCCGAAUCUGCACUCGUACUGGCAAAACUUUUACCACUAUCGGGACGAUCCGGAAGACGUGGCCACCCUCGGAGUCGCGUACAGUCUGCUCCGGAUCAACGCCAACGCCAAGUUCAGCGCGUUCCAAGAACCGUUCCGGAUACGAGAGCUGAACCACUUCCUCGAACGGGACCGCUACCGUGGAUUCCUCAUCCAGUACGAAGCGUCCCUCGUCGAUGGCCGCACCCUCACCGUCGAAACUCGCAUUCAACCAAAUAUUUCCGCCCAAGUCGCCAAAUCGGCCUCCCUCGGACGACGUCUGACCGCCCUCGAAGUCAGCACCGACUACGACCAAAAAGAACAAACAACCCGCAACCUCCAGCGCAUCAUCGGCACCAACUCCGACCUCAUCCUAAUCUUCCGGCUGGCCGCCGCCUCCAAAUCCACCCCCCAAGACAAAAACACCACCACUCACGCCCUGACCGUGCUGUGGAUCGACCCCCGCGGCGAAAUAUCCGACACCGGCGAACUCACCAUCGAGGACAACCCGGCCGGACCGCCGGAAAACCUCGUCCACUUCAGCAAAGCGGCGAACCUGCGCCACCCCCUACAAACCGGCAUUUGGACGGCCAAACUGAUCGGCACCAGCAAGAAGGUCGUGCUGGGCGUGACGCGGUUCCUCGUGACCGGUGGGGACAGUGAUGGGACAACCAAAGAGCAACUGGAUUCGCUGGUGCAGCAGUUUUACACCGUUCGGGAGAGUUGCUGGGUGGGAGGGGAACGCAAUGCGGAAUCGGGCGUGGAAGGGUUGGUGGAGUGCAGCGGAACGAGCUGGAGCAGCUUCGCGCCGGAUCCAAAGAGUGAUAUUUACACGGCGGCCGUCGGGUAUCAAGUGCCAUCUGUUGGUGGAGGGUGGUGAGCGAAACGGCUUUGAAAAAAUGUAUUUUGAGUAUAAAAUCAGGACAAGUGCAAGCAAAUGUUGGAUUGUAGUCGUUUUCAGUAUAUAAAUGAUCUAAAUAUUUCGAUUUUUCGAAAAAUAAAAAAAAAUAAAAAAAUAAAGCUAAAGCAAGAAAUUUCAAAGUGAACAAAAAACCUAUAAAAAUUUUUAAUAAUUUAAUCAUUUUAAAAAAAA